AUGAGUGUAGCAGCAACGGUGUUUCAGUACUACUUUCAACAUAUACCAAAUGGAAUCGCCAUUAGCAGAAACACCCAAAGUCGUCGAACCUAUAAUGAUUUUUCCCAUCCCAGUUCCGGUCACCGGAAUCUAACUCUAGCGACCACCGUCCCCCAUGCUUUUUCUCUUUCCGGCUCCGGCGCCGGUGCCCAAUACUCGUCAGCAGGCGAAUUAGUGGAUACCGGAAGGAACGAGAGAAAGAAGAGAAUUGCAGGCGUUGAUCAAGAUGAGUUGUUGGAUCCAAAACAGUUAGCUGAUCCAGACAGUUGCUUUUGUGAAUUUCAAGGGGUCGAAAUUCAUCACAAGCUAUAUGAACCGGAGUCACGUUCUUUGGAUAACUCCUUAUAUGGCCAACACGAGGCUCAAACACCAUCGUUGGAGCUCGGUCUUCCUAUGAUUCUUCUACACGGUUUUGGAGCUUCUGUUUUCUCGUGGAACAAAGUUAUGAAGCGUUUGGCAAGCCUCACAGGCUCCAAAGUUCUUGCCUUUGAUAGACCGGCAUUCGGCUUAACUUCGAGACACAACACUUUCGAGACUCAAUCUAGUGAUGCAAAACCUUUGAAUCCUUACUCCAUGGCAUUUUCGGUGUUGGCUACCUUAUACUUCAUCGAUUUCUUGGCUGCUCAAAAGGCAAUUCUGGUGGGGCAUUCUGCCGGUUCUCUUGUAGCAGUUGAUGCAUAUUUUGAAGCUCCCGAACGUAUUGCUGCUUUGAUACUCGUUGCCCCGGCAAUAUUAGCUCCCCGUGCUAUUCCUAAGGUUGUUGACAUUAAAGGAGACGGAUUGGACUCGAACGAUCAGGGGAAGCCGCAGUUCAAACUUUUCGAAAUUUUGCACAAGUUCAUCAAAUAUGUCACACAAUCAAUAGCACAAAUGAUGAAACGUAUGGUGGAUAUGCUCAAUUCUCUUUAUAAGAAAGCGCUUUUGUCUGUUCUUCGAUCCGCCUUCGCUGUAAUGCUGGUAAGGAUGAUAAUCGAUAAAUUCGGUGUUGCUGCUGUAAGGACUGCAUGGUAUGAUUCUAAAAAAGUCGAUGAACACAUCAUAGAUGGCUAUACGAAGCCAUUGAGAACUAAGGGUUGGGAUAAAGCUCUUGUAGAAUUCACUGCAGCAAUGCUUGCAAAAGGCGAGUCUGAAAUGAAGCCACCAUUGUCGAAACGACUGCACGAAAUCUCCUGCCCUGUUCUGAUUGUUACGGGCGACACCGAUCGAAUAGUUCCUUCUUGGAAUGCCGAGAGACUUUCACGAGCCAUUCCUCAUUCGAAGCUCGAAGUAAUUAAGAAUUGCGGUCACUUGCCUCACGAGGAAAAGGUCGACGAGUUCGUUAGAGUGGUCGAGAAGUUUCUGCAACGAGCUUUCGGUGGUUUAGAGGAACCAUCUCUACAAGCAGUAACCUGAAAUCUGUAUUAGGAUAACAUCAUGUCUCUUAGAAUUAGACAUCACUGUGUUCAUGUUAUAGAAUACAUCAUGUAUGUAGAUGCUGAACAUUUUGUAAACAAUGGCGGAUGGCCAUUGAAUGAAUUCUCUUAACGAUAGCAUUGUAAAACAUAGUAAUGGAGGGAAGUAUUGUCCCCUACCCAUGGAUGCCUAAAAUAAACUCGAAAAAUGAAUGAUAGAAA